UGCCUUUCUGUACAGAUAUAUCUGUAGUCUGAACUGUAAUAAAAAGUUUCGACUGUCUUAUAUCCGUUAGCUUUUGGGAGAUUUUGAUUAAAAUAGACAAUAUUCCACCAGAUAUGAUAAAGGUAACCUUAUUCCUGUUUGCCUGUGUGGUUGUCGCAGCUGCUUUAGUUUGUGAACCAGACUUCUGUGAUAAAAUUAGAUGUAAGGUAACAACAUGUGCGCCUGGGCAAGUGAGAGCAAGAAAGAACAACUGCCAGUGUUGUGGAAUCUGCGUUCCAUUGCAAAAGAAAGGGGAAUACUGUCUUCCGGACUAUCCCUUAAAGGAUUUAAGAGGAAAUGUAAUCCAGGAUUCUGACUGCGACAGUGGACUAAAAUGUGAUUCUAACAGUCGUAAAUGUGUAGAACAGUAAAAAAAAAUCUUUAGCAGGAAAGUGAUUUGAAAUAGUUGGAAACAUUGCCUAAAAAAUUGUAAUAAAAUUUUUUAAUGAUU